GAAUAAAUAUUCAUAAUAUUCAUAAAGGGGCCCGAAGGUAACUAUAGAGCGGUGACAUUAUCAACUGUUCCAACUGUACUGCAAGUACACAAGUAUUGUAAUUUAUCACUGUACUGUUUUAUAAUAGCUUCGUCGGUGAUAGUCAUCGGAUCAAAAAGAGGUUAUUCGAUCUGAAAAUCCAAAUGUCUGCAUGUGAUAGCAAUGUGCAAGUUUGUUAAAAAGAAGACUGAUUUCACGCUAUAUCCGAUAUUCUGAAUUGACACGAAUGUUUUUAAUAGCAUCGUGAAGUGCAUAAUUUAAUUCUGAUACAACGUGACUUAUAUAUUGUACAGUGCAUACGUAGUCACUUUUAACGGAAAAGAAGUUCAAUGAAUUAACAAUAAUUCUUGGUGUUAAUUGUUGAAUUAUAUGAACUUCGAAUAAAAAAUUUAUUCCCAAAUAUGUGGGCAGACACCAUCCUUAUUGUAUUUAUCAGUAUAUGUACAGCGUUAUUGGGUGAAGGUUUGACAUGGUUAAUGGUGUAUAGAACUGAAAAAUAUCAAAAAUUAAAGGCUGAAGUUGAAAAGCAGAGUAAAAAAUUGGAAAAAAGAAAAGAGGCUCAUGGAGACUCUUUGGACAAGCAGCAGAAGAAGAAGAUAGAACGCGAAGAGGAAAGAUUAAAGAAUAAUAAUCGAGACUUAUCUCUUGUAAAAAUGAAAUCCAUGUUUGCUAUUGGAUUUGCGUUUACGGCACUGUUAAGUAUGUUCAAUAACAUAUUUGAUGGACGAGUUGUUGCGAGAUUACCGUUUGUUCCAAUCAGCUGGAUACAAGGUUUAUCCCAUAGAAAUCUUCCAGGCGAUGAUUAUACGGAAUGCUCAUUUAUAUUUUUAUACAUAUUAUGCACCAUGAGUAUCAGACAGAACAUCCAGAAAAUGCUGGGUUUUGCACCAUCCAGAACCGCAAGUAAACAAAGUGGCAGUAUCUUCGGACCUCCACCUCAACAAUUUAAAUAAAUACAGAUUUGAAGAAUAAUUGUUGGUAUUUUGAGAUUUUUUGUACAGCUACUAAAUUUUAGGCAUUUACUUGUGUCUGAUUAAUUUUUAUAACAUAAAAAAUAAACUUCUCAUAUUAUUUAUCUUUCACAUUAAAUUAUUAUUUAAAUAUUGAAAUAUUUAGUGUCUUCAGGAAUUUUCUAGAGUAUUUUUCACUGUAAAUAUGAAAUAUGAAUAUAUAAAAUAUAAUUUAUGUUCCAUUACUUAUUGAAACGCUUGUUAUAUGAAAUACCUUCAUUUAUUUCUUAAAUAACAGAUUCAAUAAUUGAAGAAAACAAAAUCAUAGGCACAGAAUAUAUGAACUCUUUUCGAUAUAAUACUUCAAUAUAAUCUCAAAUAUAUUAUAUUAUUGCAGUGGUAAGAAAAACUUACACAUAUAAUAAGGAAAUUUUAUAAUAAUUUAUGAAAUCACUGAGCAAUUUUAAAAAAUAAUUGUGAUUGGUGUAUUUUUAUCAAGCGUAGCUUAUACAACAAUCAAUAUUAUGUACAAACAUAAUGAUCAACCAUAUACAAAAGGGUGUAACCAUUUAUCUUACAUAGUAAAAAACUUGCAUUGCUACUUUGAA